UUCAGUACACUCUCGAAUAACGACAAGCAAAAAUUUACAUAACAAUCAUAACCAACAAAGAUUCGCAUUAAAAUUAUCGCCAAAAUGCUGUCUUCCAGAGUUCCCCUCAUCCUCGCUGUCGCGACCCUUUCUCCACUUGCCACCGUGGCGCAAUUAAAUUCGACUGACGGGGGCGGUUUCGCACUGUCGCCAAUUUACUAUCUCCAAUUCAUCCUCGCAAAUUCCCUCGGAUUCGGAGAUUCCUGUUCCUGGAGUGAUGAAGCCUACCGUCAAUUAGGCGCCCGUACCAUGAAACGGUAUCCCAAGGAUAGCAAAGGAUACCACGAGACCUUCGACAGCAUGGUGAUCAGCACCGUGGAAAAUGGGAGGACUUAUUGCUUAGCGAAGGAAAUGCUGGUGUGUGACAGGGAUACGCAGAAAUGCGUUUGUGGCGAAACCGCAGUUCAAGCCACGCUUGGAGUCAAGUACAAAGCGAGCAUUUACCAAUCCGAGUGGGACGCCAGCACUGAGAAAAUGGUAUGCCGAUGGGCAGGAGGGGCGGCAUGUGAUCCCCAACCACCUCCCACAAAGCAGGCUUCCUUCGUCCCCAAGUGUGCUCAAGGUCUGAGCUGUACCUAUGUCAAGGAUGGAACGUCAUGUACGAAUUUGUCAAUUUUGAGAUAUAUGCUGGAUUCCAUUCGAAAUAAGGUCCCGCGUGAAGAUGCACUGGAUGGGAUUCUAUCCGGCAAGAUGUGCCAAUGUGUGAGUGAGGAAGAUAACAGGCGUCAGAAUGAUGAGUUUGCUGUCACCAGUAAUAAUUCGCGAUUUAGAAGAAGCGUGGGUCGAUUUGGUGAUGAUUUGUAUGCACGAGCACAAGCUACACUUUUUACGCCAGGAGCGAUUGAUGUGUAAUAAUUUUAUGAAGCGUAUUUAUAAUUUCAAGAAAUUCUGGAUUUUUCCAGCAUUGUGGUGACUUGUAUAAAUAAAGUCCGGCGUUUAAUUACUGCCGAAUUUAAAAACGAAAAGUACUUUUUAUAUUUUAAGUACUUGCAUUCGAACGCCAAAUUUUAAAUAUCUUCAUAUUAAUGAUACACACAUAUUUUAUUUAUAUUGCUCAAAAAACUUGAAGAUACAUAUUUAAACUAAAUUGAAACAAUGUUACUCAGCCGGUAUUUUAUCUGUUUUAUUACAACAUGUCCAAAAUGACACAAAUUUUCUGUGCAAUAAAAUGAUAAUUCUUA